GCAUUAGCCGGGAGUCGCGGGACCAACGUGCGAUUUCUCUCGAGCGCGCGCCGUGCGACCUGAACCGCGAAAUCCGGCCGCCCCUUCGAGCCGUUCCUCGAACUGGUACAGACAGCUUGAUGCUCUUGGCCCGAUCGUGUAGCCGGACAAUCGAGAGAGAGACCGUGAACUCCGUCCCCUGAGAGAAAUCAUCUCGGCCCAUAUUUCUUUUUUUGACGUAAAAUAUGUCCGAGAUCACGACGACGACGAUCGGCACGCCCGCGGGGCUCACACCGGAGAAGAAGCAAGCGGCCGAAAAGUCGGACAGCGCCGUCACUUGGAAGUCCAUGAGCAUCCGGCAGAAAUGGUCCUUCCUGACCAGCAACAUCACCGUCGAGCCGAUGGUCGCGUGCUACGUGAUACCGAGCGUGCUCUCCCAGCUGGCCGUCCAGAAUCUGAUCCUCGAGAAAGCGUGCCGGGUGAACCUGGCCUACCCGGACGAGCUGUGCUCGGCUUUGUCCGCCAGAAACACCACCGGCUACGAGGCCCAGGAGACCGAGGUCCAGCAGAUGGUGGCGCGUAUGCAGACCUGGAAGACGCCGCUGCAGAGCGCCCUGCCGACCAUCCUGAUCCUGUUCAUGGGCGCGUGGAGCGAUCGCACCGGCCUGAGAAAGCCCUGUAUGCUGCUGCCGAUCAUCGGCGAGUUCUUCAGCAGUAUCACCCUCAUCGCCUGCACAUAUUGGUCCGAGCUGCCCAUGGAGGUGGUCGUGCUGGAGUCAGUGUGGCCCGCGUUAACCGGCGGCUGGGUAUGCAUGUUCAUGGGUACCUUCAGUUACAUAGCGGACAUCACAACCGUGGAAUCGAGAACGCUUAGAAUCGGCGCGGCCAACGUCUUCCUGUCCUUGGGCGUGCCGAUAGGCAUGGCCCUCUCGGGGAUACUGUACACGAAGCUGGGUUUCUAUGGUGUCUUCAGCAUCGCGAUGGUGUGUUACAUAAUGAGCUUUGUGUACGGUCUAGUGGUUAUCAAGGAGCCGCCGAGGGUGCACACGGAGAAAAAGUCCCUUCCGAGCAAGGGUAAGCGGACCUCAUUGUGCGCCUUUGUACUGGACUUUUUCUCGUUGAAGCAUAUCGAGGAGACGUUUCGCGUGGCGUUCAAGAAAGGGGCAAACAAUCGCCAGAAGAGGGUCAUCGUACUCAUGGUCGUUGUUAUGGUCGUCAUCGGGCCCCUUUACGGCGAAAUGGCGGUUCUCUAUCUUUACAUGCGGUACCGAUACAACUGGAACGAAGUGACGUUCAGCAUGUUCUCCACGUUUGGCAUGGUAACUAAUCUGAUCGGUACCGCGAUCUCCGUCGGUAUCUUCAGUCACAUUCUCAAGAUAGACGACGCGAUUGUGGGUAUUAUGAGCUGCACGAGUAAAAUUUUAGCAAGUUUCGUUUACGCGUUCGCCACGUCCACCUGGAUGGUCUACGUAGCCGCUAUCGUGGAGAUCGUCAACGGCACGUCUUUCAUCGCCAUGCGAUCGAUAGCCUCAAAGCUCGUGCCCACGGACGAGCUCGGUAAAGUGAAUUCGUUGUUUGGCGUGUGCGAGUCCCUGAUGCCGCUUGUUUAUGGACCAAUGUACAGCGCGAUUUACGCGGCGACCAUGAAAACGUUUCCGGGGACGUUCUUCCUCGCCGGAGGAUGCAUGACAAUGCCCGCGGUGCUUGGGUUCUUGUGGUUGUAUACGGAGCACCGAAAGGAUCGUAUGCUGAAGGAGCAGAAGGAGCCCGAAGCCAUGAUGAAUCACAAGAGCGAGGACGCGACAGAUUACAAUUUGAAGGCAUCAAAUCCUCGGAUCAUGGACGCCCAGAAGGGCGGACAGAAAACCGAAAUGAUGAACGGCAUAGAUAACGCGGCCUUCGAAUCCGAGCAAUUGUGAUCUCAUGUGUGAUGAUUUACGUGAUCCUUUUUCUUUUUAACACCAAGACGUACGAUACAUUAA